UAGCUCAUGAAUAGCUCCAGCUGCACUCUUAAAGUUCUGGAACGCCGCCCGACAGCCGAGCCGAGCCUGACACCUCUGAUCUGAUCUGAUUUUUGUUUAACUGUUACUACCUAAUGAGAUGAUGUUGAGGAUGCUCCUGCUCGAGAAUUAGAGUGCGAAAUUGCAAAUGCGAGGAGCGAGUGUAUCACGAUUGAGCUUGAGUGUUAACGGUAGAUCAAAGCUGCUGCAGGGUAGGGAGCGAGGGCCCGCGUGUCUAGGAUAAGGAGGAUGUUAUUUCUUCAUUCAUAUACUCGAUGUGAUUGUCGAUCGGUUCUAGACAGCAUUGAGCGCGCUCGUCUCAUCUGCAUUUUGGUUUUCUAGCGAGCGGGAUUCAGGUACAGCAUGUCUGAAGUCCAGGCGGCAGGAGCCGUCGCUCCUCCAGCGGAGUUAUGCAUUGCAAGGUAUCGUGCUACUGGUACUAGUCGAAUCUGCAUGACAAUUUUUCUAAAAAGAGAGAAAGAUGAGAUCUGUCAUUCGGUAUCGGGCAAGAAGUAGACUAGAAGGCAGAUCUGACAUGCAUGAUUGCAACUGGUAUGAGUGCGAUACUUCUGCAGCAAUGGAUAGUAGGUCGAGCUGGCAGCUACCCUGGGUGCGCCGGCACAGAACGAGAUGACCGCGGUCGACACGGAGGCACAACGUAUUUGGUGUAGCGUUGUUGUACAAGAAUGGCAUGGCGUAGAUACUGGCUGCAUUAGCAUUUGGUAAAUUUAGGUGGCCAGUAUACGCUCCCUCAGACAUCGUCUGGAUGUGUUGCAGUGCUGCAGCCACGAUGAAUAUCCGCGCAAGUAGUGCGACUGCAGGUUCGCGAUUUGUUAGAGUGGCAGUGGUGCUAAAUCUAUAUCCAAAAAUAUGUGCAGCAGUACCGAUUAUUCAUUUUGCACUAUAUUUAUUACUGCCGUGACGCAAAGAACUGCAAUUACUUUACAACAGUAUCCCGACCCUCCCCGUGCCAGACUGACGAGGCAGAACCUGAUUUCAACAAGAUUGUUGAUCUCGAGGCCGGACCAAAUGAGGACGGGGUUGUAUCAAAUGCGGAAGUCCUGAAGGAGGGUGAGCACAUGGAGGACGAGAAGAAGGGCAAGCCGAAGUGGUGCUUGUUCUUCGCGUAUGAAUUGCAAAAAUGUCUGGGUCUGGAAGAUUGCAACUCGUCAUGGUAAAUCUGGAGCAUGCAAAAAUCUGUGUUGCAUGAGUCCCAAAACCGGUAUACUUUUGACCAAGUUGGAAGGGAGUUUCUCAUGCAGGAUAGGCAUGGCAGAGACCUCGCAGAGUCUGUCAUGCUAAGUCCCGGAUUCCAGACCUCGCGGGUCAUGGAAAAUCUGCAUGACAAGUCUACACUUUUUCAGACCCAGACAUUUUUGCAUUUGGUGUCGCGUUCUUGUUCGGCACCCUUGGGUUGGCGGUCACGGCGCUUUCCUGCGCGGUCUACAUCUAUUACAGUGAAAAGUGCCCCCCACCCCUGAAAUUGCAAAAAUUUGUGAUGCGAAGUUUCCAAAUGAAAACUUUUUGGCAUGCAUGAAAGGAGUAUGAAUCUUUCUGAUGCAGAGUCUCGGCGUGUAUCGCAUCGCUUGCAUGACAGGCGCCGCUCUUGCUGGGGUCUUUUGCAAUACAAAUUUUUGCUAUUCGCGAUGGAUGGAUUGGAAACCUGUGAUGCUGAUAGAUGCAAGAGGGCGAAAGAGUGUUUCAUUUGGAAAGGUUUGCAAUGCAAAUGCUCCCAAGUUCGGGGGUGCGGGCAUUUUUCAUUGUAAUAACAUCGUGUUGCUACCCAUCCAGUGCUGCUGCCCCGGUGGAGGUACGAAUUGUAGAACUACUGUGCUAGUUUUUGUCCAUUUGAGCGCAUAGAUAUGUAAAUCAUGGAAAGAAAAAAUAAAUGCAUGCGAUUUUUCUAGUUUCAAUCCAUAUCCUUAUCCAUCCAUAUUAUGAAUCUUCGUUUCGCUUGGGAAAUUGGAAUCGCAUACGAUAUGUACUUGCACAAUAAACAUACGUACAGAGCACACGAAAAUCAUCGACAAGACUUUGGCGUGGGUCGCAUAUGUGCCCUGGACUAUCGCGAAGUGCUUUUGGUAAAAAUUCGUGAUCCGCGGCUAGAAGAACCCAGCCUACAACUGACAUUAUCACCACAUUUUUUGAGUCAACCUGUCGAACUUCUUUACCUCAAAAGAGUAACUACGGGCUUUUCAAUUAGUGACGCUAGUUCAAGUAGCGUCCUUCGUCGGCACACCGCCUUCAGAAAUGUAGCACUAGUAGCGACCAACUACUAGCACUACCACUGCAAUCAAGCGCUGUACUAGAACACCAAUCUUCAGCGAGGCUUUGUUAGCGGCGCUUUCUUCACCCGUGCAAACCUGAAAUUCAUCUUUUCACUGCCACUCCACGAUGGACGUAAUUUCGUGGCGAAGACAAGUAGAAAAAAAGAACUCAGACCCAAAGUUGAAGGAGAAGAUGAAGCAGAGGUUGCAAUAAGGAACACGCACCGCUGCCGACACGAAGACAUCGCAGGUUGACCCUGUAAGGCCACUGUCCCUAGUAUCAAGCGGAGGCAGAUCGGGUUGCGUUGUUGUAUACCCCGUAAACGAGGCUACUUUUUAUGAUGGUUUUAUUUCCUGCUCCUGCUGCUUGGCAUCUCGUCGAUGAGGAUGAUCUCCAGGAAAACCGGAACGAGGUACGG